CGUAGGCGGCGCUGCAGCACCGAGGGAGGCGGCCCAGCAGAGGCGCGGCGGCGGCGGCCCGGCGCCUUCCUCCUCCUCCUCCUCCUCCUCCCGGCCCCCCGGCGCCCCCCGCCCCGUCCCCGGCCCCAGCGGCUCGGCCGGCGGAGGAGAUGCGAUGACCACGUCGGCCUUGCAGAAAGCCAUCGACCUGGUGACGAAGGCCACGGAGGAGGACAAGGCCAAGCACUACGAGGAGGCCCUGCGGCUCUACCAGCACGCCGUCGAGUACUUCCUGCACGCCAUCAAGUACGAUGCUCACAGCGACAAGGCCAAGGAGAGCAUCAGAGCCAAAUGCGCGCAGUACCUGGACCGGGCUGAGAAGCUGAAGGACUACCUGCGCACCAAGGAGAAGCAGAGCAAGAAGCCCGUCAAAGAAGCCCAGAAUGAUGGCAAGGGGAGCGACAGUGACAGCGAGGGAGACAAUCCCGAGAAAAAGAAGCUACAAGAGCAGCUGAUGGGGGCAAUUGUGAUGGAGAAGCCCAAUGUGCGGUGGAACGACGUGGCUGGCCUAGAGGGGGCCAAGGAGGCCCUGAAAGAGGCUGUCAUUUUGCCCAUCAAGUUUCCUCACCUGUUCACAGGUAAGCGCACCCCGUGGCGAGGGAUCCUCCUCUUCGGCCCGCCUGGCACUGGGAAGUCCUACUUGGCCAAGGCCGUAGCCACCGAAGCCAGCAACUCCACCUUCUUCUCCAUCUCCUCCUCAGACCUGAUGUCCAAGUGGCUGGGAGAGAGUGAAAAGCUGGUGAAGAACCUGUUCGAGCUGGCCAGGCAGCACAAGCCGUCCAUCAUCUUCAUUGACGAGGUGGACUCCUUGUGCGGCUCCCGCAACGAGAACGAAAGCGAAGCUGCCCGCAGGAUCAAGACCGAGUUCCUCGUGCAGAUGCAGGGCGUUGGGAAUAACAACGACGGCAUCCUGGUCUUGGGCGCAACCAACAUUCCCUGGGUCCUGGAUGCGGCUAUUCGCAGAAGGUUUGAGAAACGCAUUUACAUCCCGCUGCCUGAGGAGCCGGCCCGAGCCCAGAUGUUCAAGCUCCACCUGGGGAACACCCCCCACAGCCUUACGGAAGCCAACAUCCACGAGCUGGCCCGGAAGACAGACGGCUACUCAGGUGCCGACAUCAGCAUCAUUGUGCGUGAUGCCCUCAUGCAGCCGGUCCGUAAGGUGCAGUCAGCCACACACUUCAAGAAGGUUUGUGGGCCUUCCCGUACCACCGCUGCCGUGAUUGUGGAAGACCUGCUGACCCCGUGUUCCCCCGGAGACCCCGGUGCUACUGAGAUGACGUGGAUGGAGGUGCCCGGCGACAAACUGAUGGAGCCCAUUGUCUGCAUGUCGGACAUGCUGCGUUCUCUGGCCACGACCCGCCCCACUGUCAACGCGGAGGAUCUCCUGAAGGUGAAGAAAUUCACAGAAGACUUUGGCCAAGAGGGCUGAAGUUUCCCCCGGGGGCUGCAGCGGGAGGGAGGGAGGUUGGCUGGCCCCAGCUUGGCGCCCAGGAAGCCUUUUCUGCUGACAGUGGCCAAUAGCAGCAGAGGGGAGUGCCCAGCCGUGUGCUGCGCAUUUGUGGAGUGAAGAGAGGAAGCAACGUGCAAAGGACUGGCCUGACCCGUCCCCUCCCUCCCUCCCCCCCCCACUUUCUCUCUGGCUCAGUCUCUUCCUAAUUUAUGCUUCUUGGUUCCGUUGAUGUAAGUAAAAACAAUCCCAAAGCUCUGCCGCGCCCCCAGCCCUUUUCCCGAGACCCUCUUUGGAUUGGCACCUCACGCACGCCUUCCCAAGAAGAGGACCAGACACGGGGAGGGGGGGGCUCCGCCUGGAAACGGGAGAUGCCGCAACGCCCGCCUAGCACUGGGCCCGCCCCUCUGCCAGUGGUACCCUCGCGUAUGAGUUCAUGCCCCUGGCGCCACAGGCCCUGAGGCAUUGCACAGCUCUCCCUGGCCCCACACUAGUCGAUGCUGCCAAGUCUGCCUGCGGAGCACUGAAGCCACGCUCGGCCACUAGCCAAGCUCCCAGAAGCUCUGCCUGCUCCCUCCCUGCCAAGGAACGUGGCCACGUGUGGGCCUGCUGCUGCUGCUGGUGUACAGGGGGCAGAACCUGAAAGAAUCCUCCCCUGGCCCAGGCCCGCUGGGGCAAGGCAACUAUGCGCAAACCUCCAAUGUGGAUUGGGGGGAAUCUGUACCCUGAGUGGCUCCCAAACCUUCUGCAAGGGGCAGGGGGGGUUCGGUGUUUCUUCCAAGAGGUGAAUGGCUGCUUUGUUCUCUGUCCGCCCAGCUGCUCUGGCUGGACGGUGCUUUCGCCUGAGCCCUGAGGUGAGGGUGGGAAUUUUUAUGGGAAUUUCUUGUGGGAAUUUCUGGCCGUUUCAGACAGGAGAGUCACUGCCCCCUUCCCCUCUCUUGCCCCAUGUACGUAAUUUCAGUUGAUCCUUGUGUUGGGGAAAGGGACAUUGUGUGGAAAAAAAUAAACCAUUGAAAAUCA